GCUCUGGCAGUGUGGUGUUUGCCGUUGUUCGGGCUGUCUCGCGGUCUCCCUCGCUUUGAUUGACGUGGACUGGACGCCGCAGGCUCCUAUAGCUGCUCGGUUGCUGGCAGCCGGCGCGAGGGGUAAGUCCUACAAUGACUGAAAGCUUCUCAAAAAUAGAAGAUGAGACUUUUCCAAGUUUUCUAGGAGAGUCCAUAAACAGCAACAUAAGUGUGGCAUUAGAAAACUGUACCCUUACAUCAAAUCUUGGACUGCCAGUUGCUGCAUCUACUGUUGCCAAAACUCGUUCUGGAUUUGACAGACUUCCUGAUAUUCAGGCAUCCUAUUUAGGUAAUGGCAAAUUAUCGCCCGCAGAUAACUCCAUUCAUUUCAGUCAGUCUGAUAGUGAUUUGAAAGGGAAACAUGUUCUUGGCUUCAAGGAUGAAUUUGGUCCGCAGAAGACUGUUGAAGGGGGAGGCCCUGCACUGCAAAACCCCUCAAAUGCUGAUAUGGAACACAGUUCAUCAAAUGAGAAUCAGCAAUUAUCAAGUGAUCUUUACAAAUAUCCACACAGCAAACAAAAAGAGCCUCCAGUUACAGCAGAUUUUUCCGAAGACAUCAGGAAACCUACAUCAGAGGAUGACUUUGAAUCCGUUUCAAGUUUCUUAGAAAAUGAAAAGCUAAUGUCUAUUGCCAGCUUAGAUGGCAGUUCUUCAGAUGAAUUGGAUGAUGAAGAAUUUUAUGAUGACCAGUUGGAGGCUUAUUUCAAAAAACUUCUUCCUCCAGGAAUGCAGCGUGGUAUUAUUGAAGGGCAGGAGAUUGCGGAUCCUAGGAGAGUCUCCUAUACGACAAGAAAUAGCAUUCCAACUAGAACAGUGAAUCAGGAAUCCGAAAGAUUACAGUUUCUGGAGGACUGUGAGGAACAUUUCCAGAUGCUUCAUGUUCGGCUGGCGGCCACCGGCAUGGAUUCGGCACCUGCUAGUGAUGAUGAUGAUGAUGAUGACGUACAACUGGAACUUGAAAAGGCUGCACAGCUACACCUUCAGAGAGAGCAGUUUCUGCAGAGCACAGCAAUGCACUUGGUUGAAGAGCAGAAUAGACUAAGUUUUAGGCCAGGACUUGAAGGUGGAAGCUCUGAAGAUGAGUCAUCAAACCAAAGACUUCCUUCACGUACCAGUGUGAAUGCUGCUAGGCCGUCUGUUGAAAGUAAUCUUCAUUCGAAUACAGAUGACAAGUUUAGUCUUGGAGAUGGCAGUAGUGGAAGUGAUGAUGAGGGGACAACUUUACGGAACUCUGUAGCACAGUCUACUGAGCUCUGGGAAGCAGAUUUUGUUAGAAGAAAUGUAGCUGGUGCAGAAAGUGGGAAGCUUACUCAGGUUCUGCCCACAAAGCAGCUAAUGGAAGAUCGGAAAGAACCGGUUGGUAAUGGUGCAGCAUUAAAAGAAAGUAAACUAAACCAUUCUCAGCUUGAUGUCUUGAAGCAAGGAUUGAUGGAGGAUGGCAAUUUAUUACAGAAUUCUGUUGAGGGAAAGAAACUAGAUUCUUUUUAUUUUGAAAAUGGAAACAUCUCAAGCAAAUAUACUCACGAUGCUGGAGUCAAUAGAUUGUCCGAUCCCUUUUUCUCUUCGUGUCAAGAGAACCAGGGCUGCCCAGAUACACCAGCAAUGUGGAAGUCUAUGCAGGAACAGCCAUUUUCAUGGUGCUUAGGACAAUCUGGGAAUGAGGGAGGUGGAAGCCCUUCGCAAAGUGUAGUUUACCAAAAUGAAGAUGGUAAAUGGGUGACAGAUCUUGCGUACUAUAGAUCCUUCGAUGGUGAGGAUAAUGGAAAAUUCUCUCAAACUAGUGGAGACCUAAUAAAUGAAAGCAAUUUUGUUGCUGGAAGUGAUGCUUUAGCCAUGAUUGAGGAAGAUCAGCAGGAAUUUGAAAAAGAACACAGAUUUAUUCAGGAAGAGCAAAUGGAUUUAGACAAUAUCUCCCUCAACAUGGGUGACACCUCUUGGAAGUUACCACCAAGUAAUGUAUUGCUUAGAACAUCUCAGGUGAAUUCGGACAUGUGUAAAGAAGAUGCAAGCUAUCUGCGCCUUUCCCUUGGUGAAUUUUUCAGUCAGAGAUCAGAGGCUCUCGGCUGCCUAGGUGGAGGGCAAGAUGUAAAAAGGCCCUCCUUUGGCUAUCAUAUAAUUUCUCCAGAGAAGCAGGAGCCUAUUGUCCUUCUAAAGGCCUCAGAUACAUCUGGAAACUCUGACUAUGAAACUACUAUAAAGUUCUUUGAUGACACAUUAAUUCCAGAAGACCUUGGAUGUUUACCAGAUGAUCAGAAAAUCGCUUGUGCUACAUUUGAAGUUGGAACACCAGAAAAGAAAUCGGAAGAAACUAGCCAUCGUAAAUCAGAGCAUGAGGAAACUAUUGCCAGUGCAGAAAUGUUGAAAGAAAAAUCAGACCAGGAAACAGAAAAAAAAGUUCUCAGCAUAAGUAAAAUUGCAUCUGCAAUUGCUGAUGCUUCUUCCAGUGCAGACCCUUCUCAGUUAGCUGCUAUAAUAAUGGAACUCUCGCAUAAAAGUAAAACCCUUUCUGUGACUUCAGAUCCAGAAAACCCAGACUUCUCUGUUAACUGGUUGAGCACAUCCUUAGAAAAAUAUGCUCCUGCAAUCAUUGAUAUGGAGAGAUACUUGAAAGCAACAGAAAUUAGUGGUCGUGAAAGUGAAAUGGAGAGCUUUGUGCAGUCCAUGAAUGAUUUUACCUGGGAUAUGUCUCCUAUGUACAAGCAGCAAGUUUUGCAGGACUCUGUUGGUGAUCUGACCAACAUCACUGAUGUUCAAAAACAAGAUCUGAAGAAACCGGACAACUCACAUGAAGUGCACACAAGUUCACUUCAGACAGAGAAUGUUGGUAGGAAGACUGAAACCAAAGCUGUAUGUCUUGUUGCAUCUGUGGGUCACCAGUCUAAAGCUGGUGGUUCUGGUAGCAACCAUACAAAAUUAAAAACAAGUAUGGGGCAGACUUCAGAAUUGCCGAACGCCAAACAACAUUUUCAAACAAGCGAUACUAAGCAUUCAACCUCUGAAAAAUCACGUACAGAAAAGGAAAAAGGAAAGGUUACAAAAUCUGGCAUUCAAACUGUAGCUCCAAUUCAACGGAAAUCUGACACUUUAGGGAAUAAAGUGAAACCUUUGCAAGAAAGAGUGAAGGAAGUGAGCCAAGUAACUGCCUUCAAGCAGGGACAAACCGAAAGCAGUUCACAAUUAACGUCAAAUAUUCCCAAGAGUACAAAGGUUUUACGAUCACCCAGGAGAUCUAGCUCACGUUUAAGUGAUCCGGAUCGCCAGCAACAUAGUAAUAAUUCUGAACAAAUUUGCAAAGACAUCCACCAGAAACAUGUUAGUUUUCAGACAUCUGCCUCCACUAAAGUACCAAUAAAAGCUACUGAUUUUUCAGGCCAUGAUGCUAAUGGAAUGGAGGAUGACCAAUACACCUUUAGACCUUCAACCUCGCCUCUAAUUCACUCUUCUCCAAGCCAGGAUUCAUUGAAAAUAUCUGACCAAAGCUCUGCUAAUUGUUCUGAGAGUACGGUUUCUGAGUCCUCUUGUCUUAGUCCCAGCUUAAGCAGGUUGACUUACAUUUCGAUGGCAGAAAAUACUUUGCAGGCUGCAACAAAUCCAAGUACAGCAAAUAAGAGCAACGAUACAAUUGAGUUGAGCACAACUAUUGUUCGAGCCAGCCCAACGCCUCAAGAAAUGCAGAAUAAUCCAAAUAUUUUAUCCUGGCAAAAUAAAAGAAGCUUGGGAUCAGAUACUAGCCCCUUAAAACUACGCAAGGAUUCUUCUCCUAAACAUUAUAACCAUACCCAAAAGGAAGACGUUUUCAAUUUCCAAGACAAAAGUAAAUCUGUAAAUGUUAAAGAAAAGAUUAAGGCAGGUGGUCCAACUGGCACACCAUUGAACUAUAAUCAAGAGCCAUCUGUCCCAGUGGACCCUUCUUUUCCAUAUCCGAGAUUUACACACACAUCAAGUCAAGCAUUUGGUUCUACUAAUAUUAUUCCAGCAAGUGGAUUGGAGAACUAUCCACUGAUUCAAAGUGCCACUCUAAAUGGCCAGUAUGUUUCAAGUUUGAAACCCGUUCAUCAGGACCUAGAAAAUAUGGCACUUUCUGUUCAAGCUCUUCUCACUGGACAGUCUCUUUCAUCAACUGCGUUUGCUCAACAGUACUUGGGGAGCAUGACAACAGUUGGGAAUACAGUUCCACAAACAUAUCAAGUUGGACCUUCAUCACUUUAUGGCACGCAUACUGGAUAUCCUAGCUGUAGCAUUCCAGCACAACACAGUCAGAACACUAGCUCUGGGCUUCUAACUGCCCUCCCCAUAACUAGUCAUAUGGCUAGCAAACCAGAAAGUGCCACUGUAGCUGUUGGCUUUCCUGGGCAAUCUUUUAGCACAACUGGACUUCAGCAGUGGGGUGCUAGAGUAUCCUCUGGAUUUGGGCAAGUUUUGGUGCCUGAAGAACUGACAUUUCCCAGUGCAUGUUGUGUGGGCAUUGCUUCACAGUCGUCCUUAAAUGUUUUUAAUCCAAAUGACAGAUGGAUGCAGGUUAAUUUUGCAAUACAAAGCAUUGCUGUUAAUGGUGAAAAGAUUGAUACAGCAGCUUACCAGUGCUUGGUUUUCAAGAACAAAACAAUAAUUGGUCCACGAUCUGGAGAAGAAAUGAAAUUCCUUUUCCUGCCUCAAAGAUCUGGUCUCUUCCAAUGUGUGCUUAGUGUCUCAUCUUUCCCGGUAUCUGCUGAUACAGAGACCAUCUUAAGAGCCGAAGCUAUGACUUCAAAAGUUCUCAUCACUGCAGUUUCAGAAUAUCCGUUAAUAGAGGUGGAUACAGGAAAGACAGAUGGCUUGGAUUUUGGCGAUCUCUCAACAGGAAGCUGGAAAGCACUUCCUCUUAAGCUAAUAAAUAGGACACAUGCCACCGUUCCAAUCAGACUUAUUAUUAGUGCGAAUGCCACAGCUUGGCGUUGUUUCACGUUUUCUAAAGAUCCUUCAACUCUGCCUAGUGAGUAUCCAUUACAAGUGGAUUUAUCGAAGAUGUCUUCGCCAUCUGUUAUAAGCCAAGUGAUGCAUGCUACAUAUGAUGGACAGGAACCAGAAUGUAUUUUAACAUGGAUUGUGUUUCAUGCCCCACAAUCAUACAGUACUACAGGUACUCUGGGCCCAGCAGAAGAGUAUGUGGCAAGGGUUGAUGUAGAAGUGGACAGUCCUGGACCUGCUUGUGUAUUAAAAAGUGUCCCAUUGCGUGCAAGAGCAGGAUGUGCAAGGAUUCAUGCACCCAAAGAUUUGCAGUUCAUUCAUUUACUAUGUAAUGUGGGAUCAUAUGCAAAACAGCUUCUACCACUGAAGAAUGCUGGGAAUAUUGCUGUUCAUUUGCACAUAAAGUCCUCCAAUCCUGACAGCUGUUUCAGUGUAAAUCCUGAAGACUUGUUCCUUGUACCUGGGGAAGAACAAAUAGUUGCUGUUACAUUCUCUCCACAGUAUUCAAAACUUCAGAAAAGUGUCUUGAAAAUUAUGGUGCAGCCUUCAGGCCCCCAAUAUGAAGUGUCUGUAGUUGGAGAAACAGAGAGCCAAGGGAACAGGAAUCCUGUAAAUCCACCGUUACUUAAUAUUUCAGAUGUGCCCCCAAUUCUCUCUAAUAAGCAAUUUGUGUCUUGGGGUGGAGUUGGUCUUGGAAGAUCAGUUCAGCAAAAGUUAAUGCUAAGGAAUACAUCUACAAAUUCUAGCCAACAUUUGCGACUCCUAAUCAGAGGACAGGACCAAGACUGCUUUCAGUUGCAGAACAUAUUUGGAACUGAGGAGCGGUUGACCAGUAAUCGUGAACUUACUAUCCGUGCCAAAGAGGAUGCCACUAUUCACUUGAUGUUUUCUCCGACAUGUGUUGGUUGUAUGCUAGCAAGGCUUGAAAUUAAACAAUCUGGAAUUAAAUCCUCUCUUCCUGGCAUCAAAUUUACUAUACCUCUCUCUGGUUAUGGAGGAACAAGUACCCUGAUUCUUGAUGAUGUGAAGAAACUAUCUGACAGCUACUUGGUGACGCUGAAUGGAGUUUCUACUGGCAGAGUUAGCCAUGUAGAAUUCCUUAUGAAAAAUACAGGCUCCCGAGCGGCUUACGUGAAAGCAGUGUGCUUUUCAGACUUUCAGAAAAAUGUUACAGCUAAUCCAAAAAACUUUUGUGUAAAGCCAGAGAAAUUUGUUCUGAUGGAGAGAUCACAGGAGAUUAUUACAAUAACCUGCAAUGCUACAGAGCGGGAGGAAAUGUUAUGUCAGAGCAAUAGUAUGCUAAUGGCUACAGUGUGCUUUUUCUGUGGUGAUGAGGUUGCCAGACAACAAUAUCGCAGAGCACUGCUACAUAAACCUGAAACAGUAAAAAAAAUUAUUGCUGAAAAUCCUCGACUGAAAAGUAUCAAGUUUGAUGAAGAGUUUGCUGGUGAGCACUUGAUGUCUGAAGUAUAUGACUUACCACAAAGACCUAACGACAUUCAGCUUUUUUAUGCAAAUAUGAGUAAAAUCAUACUUUCAGUUGUUGGAAGUAAGAUGAAUACAAAUACCAGUGAAAACAGAGGUCAGGUGGAUCUCAGAGCAAAUGUGGACAGCUCUGUGGGAAAUACAGACAGAAACAUGGGAAAUAUAUCGUUAGAUGUACUUCCUGUAAAAGGCCCCCAGGGACCUCCUUUGUUUUCAAGCACUAAUAAGCCUGUCCAGCCAUCUGCAUCGCAUGAGCAAACUUGGAGUGUGCAGCCAGACUAUCUUGUGUUGACAGCACCAACUAUAAGUGGCAUAGCCGGAACAGGACAAAUAAAAUUGACAAACUCCUCCUUAAGGUUAUUACAAUUUGAAUUAUCUUGGCCAGCUCAUUGUCUGACUAUUACACCCCAGCAUGGAAAUGUUGAACCACAGAGUCAUAUAAUAAUCCUUGUAAGUCCUAAUCCGUCCCUGGCAACAAAGUCGAACUUGCUUCCGUGGAAUGGACAGAUUUAUGUGCACUGUGACAAUGGACAAAAGUUUGUUAAAGUCCAAAUAAGUGAAGAGUCCAGUCUGGAUAAGCCAUCUGGUGCUGCACCAAAACAUGUCCCCAUCCUUUCCCCUCACCCGGAGACACCUGUACAUAUGGCAAAACCAUUACUUAAAGCUCCUUACGCAAAAGUCGAAGUGAAGAACCGCAUGCUAAUGUUCCCUAAAACUGCAUCUGGUGAAAGUUCAGAAACCUUUUUAGAUCUUGAAAACCCAGGAGAUGAAGAAAUCAAAUGGCUUCUAUCAUCCUUUGCACCUCCUUAUGUGAAGGGAAUUGAUCAAAGUGGUGACGUGUAUCGUGCCAAUUACACGGCAUUUAGAUGUUCCCGUGUAUCUGGUGUACUUGCUGCUCAUGCAAAAUUAAAGGUAGCAAUUUCUUUUUUUCCUCGUGACAGAGGGGAUUAUGCCCAAUACUGGGAUCUUGAGUGUCAUCCAGUUACAGAGCCUCAUUUAAAGCAUAAAGUGAGGUUUCAGCUGUGUGGAGAAGGUGUCAAAGAUGGAGAUUUAUCCAGCAGAUAUUCAGCUGAUUUGAAAACCGAUGAUCCUGUUAUACCAAGGAAAAGAUGUGGGUCAGAGGCAUCUACACUGAAGACACAAGAAGAAGGCAAUCGUGGAGUGUUUGCACCGCAAGAACUGUACACAUUUCCUCCAACACUGGUUAGCGACUCCAGCACUUUAAAAGUAAAUCUACAGAACAACUCCUUCUCAACAUAUAUGCUGAAAUUUGUUAGUCCAGGGGAACCAUUCCAUAUGAAGCAUUCCAAAUAUUCUUUAAGAGCUCAUCACUAUAUCAACCUGCCAGUGAAAUUCAAGCCAAGUUCAUCCGGCAAAUUCGAUGGCCUCCUGGUCGUACAAGCAGACACCGGAAAUAUCUGUAUUCGACUUGUUGGUGAAGCACUGCUUAAGUGACUUGUCUAAAAGUGUUCUUCGAUUUGUGUCUAAUGCUGCUGUCAUGUUAAACAUAAUAUUUGUUGACUUGAGUGAAAAUAUUCAAAGACAUAACACUACACAUCAACAAAGCAUAUGUUUACAGUCUCUAUUUUCAAGUUUGAGUAAUGCACUUUUAUUAAUAAACUGUACAUUUGUUUGUAAAUUAUUGGAAUGGCUGAUGUAGGAAAUGGAUUAUUGUUCUUUGGUUUGAAUAAAGAUUUCUAUUAAGCUUUUUGAAAGUGCUAGUUAUCUAAAUGUUUAAAUGCAUUUUGAGAUGGCUUCAAUGUAAAUAUUCUGUUCUGUCCAAACCAUUUCCUCCCCAUCCAGUUUGAAGUGGUGACUGUCUAAAUAGGUACAGACUUAUUUAAAGAUACUUGAUCCAAGAGAGAAAUCUCAAUAAAUUGAUACAGUGACUUUAGUAUGGGUAGCUCUUUGACUUUGUAUGACUUCACUCUUUUCAAUGACACUCAUCUAUUUUUAAUGCAUAGCACUGGUUACCUUCAGACAGUUGAUUAAGACUUGAGUGCGUAUUUUCUAGCAGCCACUGACUUACCAGUCGGGACUAUACACUUCAGAUGUCUUGGUUAUUUAUAGAACACAUGUAAUGGGAUUCUCUAAUGUUUAUAGAACAAACAACUUUUGUAUAGGACUACGGCAAAGAUAAAAAAAUCUUGCACUUGUUGCUACUGCAAUUGGAUAUCCAUAUAAUUCUGGAAAUUUAUGUAACCCUUUCGAGCUGUUUUGUGUGGUUUGUAUAUAUCUCUAUUAAUAUGUCAAUAAGAGUGGUCCAAAGACUCCUUAAUCAAAGUGCCUCUCUCUACUUGAUACUGUACUUUCAAUUUUAGGAAACGUGUGGAUCACAAUCUAUUUUUCAGUAUUUCUAAAACGCAAACUUGACAUGGCAAGCUAUUGUCUGUA